AUGGCUGACCAGUGGCUUGAGAUUCGACAUGUCGCCGAUCUGAUCCUAUCCCUGGAUCAAGACUUGAGGGACCAAGCAAUCCACUCAAAUCUGGAGUACGAGUAUGCCCGUGUCCUAUUUGACCAGGCCACCCAGGCAAACGACCAAGCGGUCGUAAACGGGUUCCUCGCUCGGGGAAGAAUCAAGUUCGCGUGCGUGCCUGAGAGACAGUGGCGCGGGGCUGGGGUAGCCGACAAUUUCCCAAUCACCAAUUUUCUUGGUGAUCCCGUCGUUGCCCCAGACGUCCCCGGUGCAGCCCCUGCUGGAUGGGAUCACACUAUCCAACACUUGUUUGUGGAGGAGUAUCAACGUAUACUGGGUGAAUCCAAUGGCGAAGACGUGUUGGAACUCCAGUCUGAGCUGUUGACCAGAUUAUUUCGACGAGACAGAGCCAACUGCGAUGUCUGGAGCGAUGAAAAUGCAGAUGAUACCACCAACGAACACCAUGUUUCGAUUGAAGACAAGCUUCAACCUGAAUACCACUCUCAACGACUGAAAUAUCUCGUCAAAUUACCGCAACACUCCAAUCCUCCUUCGGCCGGUCGAUCCGGAAGGAUUUACAAGACCACCUGA